CGCCACAAGUGUUCGCGGCGUGGACGCGCGAGGAGGUGUCCCGAUCUCGUAGCGGAGCCGCGCCAAUCUCGCGCGAACCCGCGCUCCGCGCGCGUCGAGUCGAUCUCCGUCUGGCGGGCUGCGCGCCGCGAGACGCACCGCGGGACGCACCGCCGGACGCACCGAGUCCCAUACCGAGUCCCAUCGAUCCCGAGUAGGAGACGCACGUGCCGAGUCGCGCGGCCUUUCCGAACCGAGCGCGCCCACCAGCGCACGAUUUUCGUCGCGAAACAGGUGGGCAGUCGGGCUCUAAAAGAGCGACGGAGACCAGGGAAAAGGGAGGCAGCUUGGUUUCAGCUGGCGCAAACAAUAGCCGGCCCGCUAAUAGGUGUACAGUGGCACUAUUUAUGAUAGCCCUGCACGGCAGGAUGGGAUCGUAGGGGAGAUCGGAGUAUCGCCAUAGCUAAUCGUACCACCCAAGGUGGCACAGAUUGAGAGCCCCAUCAGCACACAUCCUCUGUCGGGUCCAGGAGUAGCGGAGGUCGGCUAUCCCGCCUGUGCCGCCCCCCGGCCGUGGUGACGGAGCGGCCACUUCCGGCAAGCCGGAAGCGUCCAUGUGAGCCGAGCCGACCGGGAAACCGACGGGAACCCAGCCGACAUGGAGGUCGCUUCCGAGCUGUCGCCCUUGUCCAGGGACGGCGGACCAGGAGAGAGGACCUCGUAUUACCCUCAGGAGCCGAGCAAGAGGCCACGUACCAGAAAACAAAAGGUGGCAUCAUGCCUGAAACACAACGCCUUGACGAUGCUUACCGUCUCGGGUGUCUUCGGCGGCAUCAUUCUCGGGGUGAUUCUGAGAGCCUCGUGGGGUGGCAAGUGGCCGGCCCGCGAGAUGAUGUACGUCAACUUUCUGGGCGAGCUCUUCCUCAGGAUGCUCAAGAGCUUGAUCCUGCCGCUGAUCAUGUCCAGCUUGAUCUCCGCGAUCGGAUCGCUGGAUCUCUCGCUCAGCGGGAGGAUCGGCGCACGAGCCAUCACCUACUACAUGGCCACCACCGUCAGCGCCGUCAUCUUAGGUAUCAUCCUGGUGGUGUCCAUCCAGCCCGGUAAAGGCGGCAGUACCGCCUCCGUUGCAACCACCGGGGGCAGCAGGAACAUAACCACCGUCGACACGCUCCUAGAUCUUGCCAGGAACAUGUUCCCGCCUAAUCUGGUGCAGGCCUGCGUCAGCCAAAGUCGUACCAAACUUUCGUUACCCGAGAACGAGACCCUCGCCCUGCCGAUUUUAAAAUGGAAAAUCGACUCGGAGGACACGCCCGGCAUGAACAUCCUGGGUCUCGUCGUUUUCGCCACCGUCCUGGGAAUCACUCUCGGAAAAAUGGGCUCUCAGGGGAAGCCGCUGUUGGACUUCUUCGAGGCCUUGUCUUCGGCUAUGAUGAUCAUCACCAACUGGGUGAUCUGGUUAUCCCCGGUCGGUGUCUUCUUCCUGGUGGCCGCAAAGAUUCUGGAAAUGGAUUCCUUCGACGUGAUCAUCAGUCAGCUGGGGAUGUAUUUCCUGACGGUGGUGGUGGGUCUCUGCAUCCACGGCUUCAUCGUCCUGCCGGCGAUAUUCUUCGUGUUGACCAAGAAGAAUCCCCUGGUCUACAUCUCCAACAUGGCGCAAGCCCUGGCCACGGCGUUUGGAACGUCUUCCAGCUCGGCCACUCUGCCGGUCGCUAUCGGCUGUCUGGAGGAUCGAAACGGGAUCGAUCCGAGGGUCUCUCGAUUCGUGAUGCCCAUCGGAGCGACCAUCAACAUGGAUGGCACCGCGCUUUACGAGGCCGUUGCCGCGCUCUUCAUCGCUCAAGUCCGAGACGUGCAUCUGAGCUUCGGGCAUCUCGUGGCGGUUAGCAUCACCGCGACCGCCGCGAGCAUCGGUGCAGCCGGAAUCCCGCAGGCGGGACUCGUCACCAUGGUCAUGGUUUUGGAUACCGUCGGUUUGCCGGCCGACGACGUUACUUUGAUCGUCGCCGUGGAUUGGUUACUCGAUCGUUUGAGGACAACGGUGAACGUGGUGGGCGACUCCCUGGGUGCAGGAAUCGUCAAUUACUUCAGUCGAAACGAGCUGACCUCCAUGCCGCGCCUAGCGAACGCACAAAACGGCGCCGACCAUGUCACCACGUCGAUAUGAACGGGCGAACGUGUCGUCGAAGAUACCAGGCGUGUUCGAAAUUUGCCGAGGAUCGUCGUCCUCGGCUCGUCCUGCCAGGAGGAUCCUCCGGCGGACGCCUUCCCGUCUCCGAUGAAAACGGCGGACACCGGAAGUGACGACGAUCGGCGGUGCGAAGGUCCACACUAGCCAAUACGAAUACUCCAGCCGUAACGUCGCCUUGGGACGACAACGCGUAGGCGACCCAAUUGCCGCUUUUUAAGGGUUUAAGCUUGCUCCAAGUCGUUGCUUUCGUUCCGUUUGUUUCAUCCAGCGAGAUCCAUUUCUUAACGAAACGAGAAGUAAUCCCGCGCGCAGAGAGUGUCGGGGCGGACAACCUAAACGACGUUGUAGCGAAGGAUCGGUAUAUAUUCGAUUGCUGGGGUGGACUUUGGAAAAAAGACGACCCCCGGGAUUACUGCGACUCGGAUUGCUCCCCUUCAUCUUUUAACCCUAGGUAAACUACCAUAUUUUUGUAUAAUCCAGCCUCUUUUGUUGUACAUUUGACGUUUACGUCUUUGUAUAAUUCUCUCACGACGUAAGGAAUCGACCGUGCGUUUUGUAUCACGAUCCGCGUCCUAGACGCGAUCGAUUUUGUCUUGAAAUCAAUGUCGAAAAAGUGUCAUGGAAAGUUUCAGAGCUCGGAAAGCUCGAAACUGUCAGAAAUUCAAUUUUUUCAUAAAAGUACGCGCUCGCGAAGGAUUUACGUAUAAAUAUUCGCAAGGGGCAGAUCUUCCUUCGAGCAAAUACUCCGAGUCAUUUAGUUAUCGGCGGAAGAGCCGCAUCUAUAAACCAGGAAAAAGAAUAGAAUGACUCGAAGGGACAACGACCUCCUCUGAAAAAACACCCCGGAUACUGUAAAUACUCCAGCAGAUUCGCGGAUCCUCUCUCGGAGGUAGCUGAUCCCCUUGUAUUUUUCAAUUAAUCCCCAGGAGAUCGAGUAUACGUACAAUUAUGCCACAAUGAAAGUAUAUACAAAACCCGCGUACAAAAGAAACGCAAAGCGCUUCGUCGAUCAACGUCAUCGGAACAACUUCCGCGUGGCGUUCCACCUCGUCGGCAACGAGUCUCGUUUCUAAUAACAAAGUAUAUUAAUAUUUAUAAUAUUCUUAAGCAAAUACAUUAAUAUACAUGCAUACAUAUAUAAAUAUAUAUAUAUAUAUAUAUAUUUACAUGUACAUAUUAAUACUUAAACUUUAGAGAGACGUUGGUCGUUUACGUGCAUUUACUCGAUUACGCGUCGAGGUUCUCGCGUCGUUUCGUUGCUCAACGAGUUACGCUCGUUAAUCGUAACCUCUGCGAAGCCGCGCGAUCGUUCGUCGAUCGCGUCGGCUUACUUGUUAAAUUUCGUUGAUCGAAGAUAUCCAGGAAAGCGUUCAUACAUCGGACGACCCGCGUAGGGUCCUGAUUCCGUACCGCGUUGAUCGUGAGAUCUGCCGUGCGAAAACUCGUUAACUUGUAACAUAUGCACACGUGAGAUAGAAGCUCGUAGAGUACCACGUGUUUACCCUCGGAGUAAAUUAAGAUUUGCGCCCAAUCGUUCGAGUUUCGUCUCGCGAGAUGAGGCACAAUGUGUAUUUAGAAUUUUCGCGCGAGCGGUGUCUUCGAGCGGAGAUUUGUCCAAUCGAAGUCGCGACAAUGACGAUUAUUUACAUAAGAGUAACGCAUAACAUGUUAAUGGCAAUGACAAAUAAUACUCGUGUAUUCAUAAAUGUGUAUGCAGUGUCAAGUUAGAAGUACUUCGCGCAAAAGCGACAUUCAUUCCACGCAGUUUUGGCUCUUUCAAGAGCGUUCCUCAGUUCAAAAUGCCACCCGCGGUGCGAGUGUUCGUUGCGAUAGUUCGUUGUUCUCGUUCGGAUUCUGAAAAGCGCUUCGGAAAAAUGGCGACUUCUCUCGUUUGUUUUCCGUUUCUUCCCCGUUAUAAAUAAACGUAAAUUUAUUGAUUAAACGUGAACGUCAAUGCGCAAUGACUUGAAGUAGUACGAUGUACCUGUAGCCGACGUACCGACGAUGCGUUAGCGCGUCGCGCCUUUAACGAUGUAAUGUUCUGUGUACGAUCGUUGUAACCGACUUGCCGGAAUAAAGAGAACGACCCUUCUCUAAAA